CUUGUCACCCUUCUCCCCUUCCUCGCUUCGGCGCAGGCAUUCUUCAUCUUGACCCAGCCCAUCCUGGCCACCACUCGUCUCGACCCUAUCGUCGAUCCGGGAACGGUCUCUGGCCAUGUCCAUACCAUCGCCGGCGGGUCCAACUUUGACAAGUCCAUGACUUACGAGUCCGCCCGAGCGUCCGGCUGCACCACUGCCCCCAUCACUGUCGACAAGUCCAACUACUGGAUUCCGUCCCUGUACUAUUACGAACCGGUCCAAAAGACGUACCAGGCCAUCCCCGCCGCAUAUGUCAACACCAACGACACCAUCCACGCCUUCCCUGAUGGUCUCCGCAUGAUCUCGGGGGACCCUUCUCGUCGGAUUUUCAAUAAGACCGACGUGGACGACCAGGCCAUCAGCUACGUCUGUCUCGACUACAGCAACAGCCACCAGGGUGAUCCGGCAUGGGCGCAGCGCAACAACUUCUUCAACCACAACUGCCCGGACGGUAUGCGUGCCCAGAUCAACUUCCCCACCUGCUGGAACGGCAAGGACCUGGACUCGCCGGACCACCGGUCGCACAUGGCCUGGCCUACCAACGGUAACAACAACGGCGGUGGUGACUGCCCGGCCAGCCACCCCGUCAAGGUCGUCGAGCUCUUCUACGAGUUCAUCUUCGAGGUCCAAAAGUUCCCCUUCAAUGCCGCUGGUACCCCUACCUGGGUCUGGGCCAACGGAGACGCUUCCGGCUACGGUCUCCACGGUGACUUCCUCAACGGCUGGCCGGCGCUCGUCAACGGAACCAACGUACUCCAGCAGGCUAUCGACCACUGCGACUUCAAUAACGGGGUCGGCGGAAACCUCGAGCUCUGCCCUCCCUUUGCCGGUCUCAUCAACCGCGCCGCGGCGGAUGGCUGUCAGCCCCAAAACCCUCUGGUCAACGAGGACGUCGGUCUCGGCCACUCCAUCGCCCGUCUCCCCGGAAACAACCCUCUCUGGACCGGUAGCAUGACUGACAAGCCAUCGUACGACAACUACACCGAGGCCGACCCCACGUACACCGACUUCCGGUCCGUCAUCCCUCCCAACUGGUCGGCCGUCGGGUGUAUCGCCGAGGCGGUGAACGGGCGCGCGCUCGAGGGGUACUCGUUCUCGGCGCCCAACAUGACCCGCGGGAUGUGCGCGGCUGAGUGCGGCAGGCGCGGCUUCCCCCUCUCCGGCUCCCAGUUCGGGAUCGAGUGCUACUGCGACUUUACGCUCAAGCACGGCGCCACCAACACCUCCCUCUCUGCCGAGAAGUGCAACACCAAGUGCGGCGGUAACAUCUACGAGAACUGCGGUGGUUCUCGUACCCUCAACGUCUACGCCAACCCCCUCCUCGUCCCCGUCGCUUUCAACGCUACUUCGGUCGGUAACCCCACCUCCCCCGCCGGCGUCGACGGCUGGUUCCGCAAGGCUCGCAACUGUGUUGCCGAGCCGGCGGACACGCGCGCGUUGACCGGCUUCAGCAUGUCGACCGGCACUAUGACACCCGCGGUCUGCAUGUCUCUCUGCGCUGCUCGAGGGUUCACCUUCGCUGGAACUCAGUGGUCCAGCGAAUGCUACUGUGGCUCCUCGGUCAGUGCUGGAUCUACCGAGGCUGCAACCACCGAGUGCAACAUGGCCUGCUCUGGCAAGUCGGACGAGAUGUGCGGUGGCUCUCGCCGCCUCAACAUGUACUACUACAACGCUACUGCCGCCGCUCCCAAGGUUCUUCCACCAAACUGGGUCGCCACUGGCUGCUGGAACGCGCAAGCUACCUCUGGUCGCGCCUUUGCCGGUCCCCUUACUUCCAACAGCUCGAUCACCAACGACGUCUGCAUGCUCGAAUGUCAAAGCAAGGGUUUCGCUCUCGCCGGUAUCGAGUACGGAAGCGAGUGUCGCUGCGCCCAGGAAUUUGCCGCGGGGUCCGUCCAAGUCCCCGCCUCGGAAUGCAGCAUGACCUGCGCCGGCAACCCCCUCCAAGCCUGCGGUGCCGGAUACCGGAUGACCACCUUCAAGUACACCGGUACCAUCGCCGCUCCCGUCGUUCCCAACAACGCCAACGUCACCGUCGCCGGCUGGACCAACCGUGGUUGCUACACGGAGGAGGAUGGCGGCCGCACCCUCCCCAAGUACUCGUUCUCCAGCUCGAGCAUGACUAUCCCCACCUGUCUCGCUGGCUGCGCGGCCCGCGGCUAUCGGUUCGGCGGUGUCGAGUACGGCCAAGAGUGCUUCUGCUCUGACGCCAUCGCGACCGUCGCCAAGGUGGCCACCGACGGCUGCACCAUGGUCUGCCCCGGCGACAAGAUGACCCUCUGCGGUGGUGCCAACCGUCUCAACAUCUUUGAGAACACCACUCCAGCAGUCACCUCCACCUCUGCCACCACCACCGCGGCUUCCACUGCCAGCCCCGCCCCUUCGAUUGCGGUCGCCGCCCCUGCCGCGACUACGUCCUCGACGACCGCUGCCGUGGCUACCACCUCCCCCAAGCCCGUCACUACCGCCGCCGCCGCCAACACUACCACCGUAGCGGUGUUGUCCACCACCAAGGUCGUCGCGCCCACCACUGCCGCGGCCAACACCACGAUCGCCACCUCCCCCACCACCACCAUCGCCGCUACCACGUCCUCCACGACCACCGCCGCCGCCACCUCA